GACAAUUCAUCACAGCGCAACACGUAUGAGGUGAAGCAUAUGAACCGCUCCCCCGAGCUGGAACGAACCCGCGCCGCUUCUAGAUACCGCUUUGAGCUCAUGUGACUCGCUAGGUGCUUAUGAUGACUCAACCUGAGCUUCAAAGCGGCUGGCGUGAGGGGCUCAGCGGCUCCCGGCUGGCGGGACUUGCUGCUGUGCUUGCGCUGGUUCUGGGAGUAAGCGCUGCGUGCAGCUCAAGCGUGGCUUCCUGGGCCGCCAUCGCGGGCACGUUCGUUGACUCUUUGAGCCAGGUGCCAGCAUCUACGUACGUGGUAGCGCUUGUAGGUCUUAUUCUCUAUCCCGCGUUGUCCAUUCAGCGUCGACCGUCGCCGAGUGGCGGACUUGCUAAUACAGCAGCCAGUGCUCAGGACUCCACGCGCGCGUGUGGCCCAGGAUCCCACUUCAUCCACCUGGGCCGGCAAGGCGAGGAGCGCGGCCAAGCGCGGGCCGUCGGAGGCGGCUUCUGGCGGAAGCUGCGCCGCGUCCUGGCGGAGGGUCGCGCGCAAGCAAGGCGGCUAUGCGGCCGCGAAACCGGCACUGGGGCUAGCACAUUAACUCGAAAGCGCAGCGUGGGAAGCCGGUCCUCCGCAAAGUCUGAGGAUGUGCUGUCUUCGCGGCUGUCUAUGGACUCGAUCAUCCGCGCUGCGCAACAGAACCCUGGCGGUGGUGGCGGGCGGCGGCUGGGCGGGGCUCUCCAGAGGAAGGGCAGUUGGAAGCCAAGCAUGCGUCGAAUCGAGUCGGGCCAGCACCUGCCUGGCAUCGCACCCUCGGAAUCGAGUUUGAGUUCUGUAGCCACCGGCAAGCGGCUGGAGAUCCUCAUGCACAACGGCUUUCUUGCGGUGGACUGCCUACCGCACGAAAUGACGGAGCCGGGCUAUGAAGGGGUGCGCCAGGUGGUGACGGACAUGCACCUUCUGCAGUUCGGCGCCACUAUCGGUGAGGCGUCGUCUGAGCUGGCGCUGUCGCAGCAGGGCGGUGCCAGUGCGGUGGGCCCGGGCGAGGAGAGCCUGUUCGGUCCCUUUGACCGCAACGACGCGUACCGCCAGGGCUGGGAGAUGGUUGUGGAGGAGCACAAGCCUGGCCUUCAUUACUUUGUAUGGCGGCGCUAUCUGCGCAAGGGCCUGUUCAUCUACAAGUCGAAGACCCUGUACGAGACGGCCACGGUAGCUCAGAUUACCGGCUUCACCUAUGAUCUGGACUUCCGGCGCGUGUGGGACGAGAGCAUGGCGUGCCAGCUGCCCAUUGCCCCGCCGUCGGAGGCGGCUGCGGCGGCUGCUGGGCAGGCGAGCGGCCCGCCAGUCAUGACCCCGGCGAUGGCGGAGGCGAAGGCUGCAGGCGGCAGGUCGGCGUACAUGUACGCGCGCACCAAGUUCCCGCCACCCAUGGCAUCCCGCGAGUACACCUACGUGCGCCGAUGCUGGGCCAAGCCCGACGAUGGCGGUAGCUACUGCAUCUCACGGGCUUGUGUUGCGGUUCCACCAGCUGGUGUCGCUGGCGGUCGCACCGUGCGGGUCACGGACUUCGUCUCAGGCUACGUUAUUCGUUCAAGCAAGGGCGUCUUUGACCCCGCGAGUCCGGCCGUGGAGGUGGUCAACGUGUACUUUGAGGACCCCUGCCUGCCUUCGGGCAUCGCCAACAUGGGCAUUCGGCGUGCGCUGUGGCCCAUGGUGCAGAAGGCCGAGGCGGCCUUCCGCGACUACCUGCUGACCAAGGUGCACGGCAGUCUGGAGCAGCCGCUGCCGGAGCGCGCCGCGCUUGAUUCGCUGGGCGAGGCAAUGAACGCCGCUGGUGCUCAGGCGCGCGCAGCUGCCGCAGCGGCCGACACGGACGCCGCGUCGUGCAUCGACGCCAUGGACGCUGGUCGUGGCCGCCUGAGGCUGCGUCUGGGGAGCCCCUAUGUGCUCAUGUACCGCGGCUACAUGGGCGCCUGGCGUGGCGGCCGCGCUGCAGUGCUGUCGGUGCUCAGCACGCUCAUGAGCCUGUGGGCCAACGCCACUGGCCUAUUCGUUUGUUCCCUCGGCGGACUGCGAGCCGGGCUGUUUGCCACGGCCGUAUGGUCGCGGCGCGCGCUGGGCGCACUGGGCAAAGUGGCCUGCACGGUGGGUUGCAGCUGCGCGACCAAGUUGCGCGUGGCUUCGCGUGUGCUGUGGCGUGCGAUGUGGCCGUGGGAGAUGCUUCUUGCACGCAACCGCUCGGUUGUGUGCAGCGCGUUUAACGGCACGGGCUCCCAGCUGCAGCGCAGCCUGUCUGAGAGCAGCAGCCUGCUGGCGUCCCACCCGCUGCCGCUGCCCUCGGACGGAGCGAGCAAGGGCCUGAGCUACACGCCGCGCAGCAGCAACAACGGCGGUCCUGGUACGGACGGCUCGCUGUCGCCCAAGAACGGGCGCCGCGCUCGCGGUGGCCUUGGCCGGCUCAUUGUCAAGGUGGUCAAGGUUGCGGGCGCUGGGCUGUUGCUCGGUCGAGCUGCACGAUCUGAUGGUGGCGCAGACACACCGCAGCCACCUGCCAAGGAUCCCAAGCAGCCGCCGACGACGCAGGCACAGCCACAGCAAGCCGCAUCUGCUGGCAGCCAGGCCCGCGCGGUGCACCCGCUGGCGGCCAUGCCUCGUGGCCCUGUGCCCAUGAGCCGCGUGCCCCGCCGCUGGUGAGCUACAGGGAGGCAUAGGAGGAUGGUCAGGCUAGCACGCGCCCUGCACCUGGUGUUGUGCCCUGGGGGCACUAGAUUACUGUACGGGGGUGGGCGGGGGUGUAUCAGAUGUAAUAGUUUGGUUCGUGUUGGGCUGCUGUUGGGCUGUCAGGCCGAAAAGCUGUACAUGUGAUGGAACGUAUGUGGAAGGGGUUGUUGAAGACUACUGAGAUGAUGUGCAGCUACAAGAUCCCAGGUAGGGAUGAGCCAGACCACAGGAGCAAAGAUUUGGAGUGGUAGGGCUUACUUCGUGUGCACAGGUCCAGGCAAGCAGGGCCUUUGUGAAGCUUUGGGAGUGUUAGCUAGAGGACAAGCCAGCUACAUGCGCGCACUUUGUGUGACUAUAAGCUAUGCGCUGCUUGUAUGAAUGUGUAUUGCCUAUCGGAUCGGGAUGAGCAAAUAGUACGCGGGUUGACCGGGCUAAUAGAGCGGUCAAUACAAUCAACAAUUUUGUUCGCGUUUAUUGAUGGGCAUGUACUGUGUCACCCCACCGUAUCGGGCACACGCGCUCGUGCUGCGUGCUGCGUAUCCUUUUAUUUUAGAUGGCGCAGAUCGUUCAUUUGCGUUAGAGGGAUGUCGACGAAGUGCGUGAUAAGUAGGCCGAUGAGUGGCGGCCUGGCCGUAGAGACGAAGUAUACUUUUGUGCAAGACACAGGUGUUUUUGCCCAUUUUGCAGCAGAGUGAAGACUACAUGUCAUGAAUGCGGAUGUUACAGAGGGGACAGUCCCAGCACCCGAGGACGCCGAGCCAUGUCAUGGAUGAGGGCAACUGAUUAUUUGUCGAAUGUGAGGUACCGCAUGCACAUCACCGGAACCACGCUUCAGGACAGGUGGCGACGAGGUGCUUGCCUCCCCGCGUUGAUCCUGAGUCGCUGUGUAACAACUCAACCGU